UUUGCGCUUCCGCGUUUACGGAACCGGCGGCGUUGGACUCCCGGCGUUCAGAGAAACUCCAGCUGAGCGGAGCUUUAUGGUAUCAGUCUGGAGAUGCUGAACUGCUGCCUGGCACCUCCAUCAUCUGCACCACCAUGUCUCUGAGCAACAACCCACACUAUCUGCUGGGCAGGAUCCGCUUCCUGAACAGGUGUAUUGAGAGUUUGAGGAAGGGGGAGUCGGUACCCGAGUGUCUGUGUUAUGUCCCCAAAGAGGAGUGCUACAAAAUCUGCAAGGACUCAUCAUCUGCCUCUGCCUCCUGCGGAGCUUCCACCGGCUCCAUUGGAACUCUCAUAUCAGUCUAUGAAAGUCCUCAUCAUCCUCCGAAUAGCAAGACAUUAUGCAAAUACAAUCUUGAACUGAAGAAAGGAACUUGCAUCUGGACAACGGGAGAGAAAUUCUGUAACGACCAGGGCCUGUGGGUUAAAAUCAGCAAGGAGCAGCUGGAGGAGCAGCGUCCGGGCCAGGAGCUGGAGGAAGGCUGGAUCCUGGUGUGUAAACACACUGAGGGGGGUGACAGCCUGGUACCAGUGGAGUCUCCAGAAACCAUCAGCAGGCAGCAGCAGCUCCUCGGCUUCGACCACAAACCCUGCAACCGGUGGGAGCAGGUGGUGGACGUGGUGGAAAACGCUCUUUACAAAACCAACAAACCCCAAAUCGCGGCGUGUGACGGCGCUGCCGUCCAGAAGCUGAGGUACGUUCCUCCUGGAUGGACGUUUGAAUGUGAUGAGGAUCUGGUGCACUACUUGUACGACCAGAAAGAGGAGGAGGACGUGAUGCAGAAGUGUGGGGAACAGAUCCUGGGAUGUUUGAAAGACUCUGUGAGGAGCAUCAGUGUGUCUUCAAACGAGGAUUAUUACGGCCCGAGACGUAUGACGGAUGAAGAUGUUGACACAUACUGGGAGAGUGCAGGCAAACGAGGAGAACACUGGAUCCGCCUGGAGAUGAGGAGAGGCGUUGUGGUUGAGAAAAUGAUGCUGAGUGUAAACAUGGAUGACCAAAACUAUAUGCCCAAGAAAAUCACAAUCCAUGGAGGCGGCAAACACCUGAAGAAGCUGAACGAGGUCGACGUAGAUGAAACUGUGACUGAAGAAGUGUGUGUACUGCAGGAUAUGACCUGCCAUCUUCCUGUCAUUGAGAUUCGAAUCGAGGAGUGUGUAGACAACGGGACAGACGUCCGGAUCCGAGGCUUGUCGAUCACGUCGUCCCGUGAGAAAGACCUCGGCGUCAAUGCAGACGAGUUCCGGUCGUCGAAGCUGGUGCGCUACCCCCGUCUGCUGAGUGUCCCACCUGACGUCCUGUACCACAGAGCGCUGCUCAUUCAGAGGUUUGUCCAUCUCCUGGACAGCGUGCUGCCCUAUUUGGUGCCAGCCUGGAACUACAGCCUUGGUGACUUCAGCAAAAUCAAGUGCAUAAAGCAGUUUUUGCUGCUGUCCAAACGCCGCUUUGAGCUCAUGACUCAGAGCCUGCAGGACUCUGAGACCCCGGAGCCACCAAGAAGACCGAAAGUGGUGGUCAACAGGGGUCUGGCUGCGGCGCACAGAGAAAACCCGUCUCUGGACUCCAGCUGCAGGAACAGCCUGUUCAAUCAGAUGUACGAGGUUCUCAAGGGAUCUGCCAAAUGGAAGAAGACUUUGAAUUACAGAUGGCCCAGUACUUAUGAACAAUGGUGGGAAUGUGACUUUAUUGGCGAGGGAAUCAGCGACCAUGGCGGUGGGUUUCGGGACAGCCUGACAGACAUAUCGGAGGAGCUUUGUCCUAGCUCCGCCGAGAGUGCGUUACCUCUGCCCUUCUUCAUCCGGACUUCCAACCAAGAUGCUUCAGACACCAAAGAUUACUACGUCCCAAACCCGGCCUGCAAAGAGUUCCACAAGUAUGAGUGGAUCGGUCAGUUAAUGGGAGGUGCCCUCAGAGGGAAGGAGUUCUUGGUCUUGGCUCUGCCCAGCCUGGUGUGGAAGCAGUUGACUGGAGAACCUGUCAUCUGGAGUAAAGACUUUCUAGCAGUCGACUCUGUACUGGUGAACCUGCUGGAGGCCAUGGAGAACAUGGACCAGGAGACGUUUGAGUUCAGGUUCGGGGAGGAGCUGGUCUACACCACACUGCUGACCGACGGCCAGAUGGUGGAGCUCAUCCCCGGCGGCAGCAACGUGUCGGUUCACUACAAGGACCGCAGCCAGUUCAUCCGCCUGGUGCAGAAGGCUCGGCUGGAGGAGAGCAAACAGCAGAUUGCAGCCAUGCGGGCGGGGCUGCUGAAGGUGGUCCCUCAGGCCAUGCUGGACCUGCUCACCUGGCAGGAAGUGGAGAAGAAGGUGUGCGGAGACCCAGAGAUCACAGUGGAAGCCCUGAAACUAUCUGCACAAUUUGGAAGACAGACACAAAAUGACCAGAGAGUGCAGUACUUCUGGGAGGCGCUGACAAACUUCACCAAUGAAGACCGCAGUCGCUUCCUCAAGUUUGUUACUGGUCGGAGUCGUCUUCCCACACAUUUCUGGGUCUAUUUUGAUAGAGAAAGCAGCUCUACAACAAACGACGAGCUUCCCCGUGCAUCGACUUGCAGCCACAGUCUUGAGCUACCAAAGUACACAAGCGCGAAGGCCUGUGAGGAGAAGCUGCGUUUUGCAGUGUACAACUGUAUGAGCAUCGACACUGACAGAGGCUGACAAGCCCUCCUGCUGCUCAACGACCACUGCAUGCUCAACAAACUGCAGUUGAGAAGAAACACUCCAAAUUAUUCACUAAAUACUGAAGUCUGCUAAUCAAACUUUAUCUGUAUAUAAUCAAGAUUGACAUGAGAAUAUAAUUAAAGAGGGAUUUUAUUGACACCUUCUGUGUGUUGUGUUGGUGCAUCAUGAAUGAUUGUAUGUAAUCAAUGAAGGUAUAAUGACAACUGUGCAAAACUGCUUCAUUUCUCUUUGUGGUGAUAUGUAACGGGCAGAAAUGGAUUUAUGGUAAAUGGACUACACUUCUAUAGCGCUUUUUCAUCUGCAUUAGCACAGACCAAAGCGCUUUACACUGUAUUAUCACAUUCACCCAGUCACACAUAUUCACACACCAGUGGAGGCGGCUGCCAUGCAAGGCGCUCAGUCCAUCCACCGGGGGCAAUCCAGGGUUCAGUGUCUUGCCCUUCGACAUCCAGACAGGUGGAGACCGGAAUCGAACUAACAACCUCCCGAUUGUCAGACGACUGCUCUCCCCACUGAACCACAGCCGCCCCAAAUUUAUACCACAAACUGAAUAAUAACAAAAUUGUGUCAGAAAUACUGAUGCUCAGGAAGUAGCUUGAAGGGAGCAGGAAGUAUUUUGAUUUGUUUUGAUUGUAGAUGUUUUUUAUUCACAAGUUCCUUUCUGUGUGUUUGAUUAUUAGAUUUAAAACUGGAGCAAUUUAUGCAUGAAGACCACAAAUCACAACAAAAGAAGACAAACCACUGAAAAGUAAGAUAUAUCACUGGUGAUUGUUGAGCAGAAUAAAUCAAAAAGCAACUCAAAUGUCU